AUGGCACACGCUACGAGAUAUAAUAUGGGCUCAAUACGGCCGGCUGUCAUUGGCAUGGGUCGAGUCUUUGGCGCCAGCUUAACAGCUGUGUCCGCCUUUCCAAUCGACACCGAGGGACAUCAUGACGAAGAGGAGGGAGAGGGCACCAGCCUUUGGGUUCUCGCCGUUGCUUCAAUGGUUCUGGUUCUUCUCGGUGGUGCUUUUGCUGGAUUAACAAUUGCGCAAUCUAAGAAUGCAAAACGUGUGCUCAAGUUGUUAAACCGUGGAAAGCAUUGGGUUCUUGUCACCCUGCUGUUGGCAAACGUUAUUGUCAACGAGUCGCUUCCCGUUGUGCUAGAUCGAACUCUUGGUGGCGGUGUUGCCGCUGUCGUUGGCAGUACCGUACUUAUCGUCAUCUUUGGUGAGAUUGUUCCUCAGUCCAUCUGUGUCCGAUUCGGUCUUCCUAUCGGUGGAUACAUGUCAACACCGGUCCUUCUCCUUAUGUACAUUACCGCUCCCAUCUCCUGGCCCAUUGCGAAGCUUCUUGACUGGAUUCUGGGCGAGGACCACGGCACCCUGUACAAGAAGAGUGGUCUCAAGACUCUUGUCACCCUCCACAAGUCUUUGGGAGAAAUUUCCGAGCGAUUGAACCAGGAUGAGGUUACCAUUAUCACAGCCGUUUUGGACUUGAAGGACAAGCCCGUCGCUGAGGUCAUGACACCUAUUUCCGAUGUCUACACGCUAGCCGAAGACCAUAUCCUCGAUGAAGAGACCAUGGACGAUAUUCUUUCUUCUGGAUACUCGCGAAUUCCCAUCUACCGCUCUGGAAACCACCUGGACUUUGUCGGCAUGCUUUUGGUCAAGACUCUCAUCACCUACGACCCCGAGGAUAGAAUCCCCGUCCGUGAAGUGCCCCUUGGUGCUAUCGUUGAGACCCGCCCCGAGACCAGUUGCUUGGACAUUAUCAACUUUUUCCAGGAGGGCAAGUCGCAUAUGGUUCUCGUAUCUGAAUUCCCCGGCUCUGACCAUGGUGCUCUGGGUGUUGUUACUCUUGAGGAUGUGAUUGAGGAACUAAUUGGAGAGGAAAUCGUUGACGAAUCCGAUGUGUAUGUUGACGUCCACAAGGCCAUCCGCCGUCUUACUCCUGCCCCCCGAGCUCGCCGAAUUCAUGCCGCCGCCACCGCCGCUUCUGUUAUCGCCUCGAAGAAGGCCCCUGGCGAUUCCAUUCUUGUCGAUAUUGAAGAUCACGAUGCGCCUUCUCACCAUGAGCCCGAAACUGCGUCCUUCCACAGCAACUACGAAGGAGGAUUCCACAAUGCCGCAAGAACUGCAAUCCACAUGAAGCGCCGAACAUCUGAUGGUGGCAUUGAAGGCACCCCUGUUGUUGUCAAGGCCAGCCUGGACGAAAUGAGAUCCAAGCUUCGCCUUGGCCCUGCCAACCGAGCCGCCAACCCACGCAGCAAUACACGCAGUCUUUUCAAGAUCAAGCAAGGUCUCAGCGCGAACGGAACCCCUCCCUCUGACAACUCAAGACCUCUGCCCCCACGAGCACAAUCCCAUAUGGGUUUUGUAAACCCCCAGGGAUCGCCGGCAAGAAGUCACGGACACGAACGAACACCGUUGUUGGGUGUAGGUGAAGAUAAUGAACAUGCCGUGGAGGAUGAUGAGACACACGACAACGCUGGCCACAAGACUAAUGGUCACUAA